GAGAGAUUAGUACGCAGUAGAAGCGAAGCAGCAGCACUGCAGCAGUUGUUGAAUCUACUGAUGGGUACCAGUGCCACCACCAACUACGUCCGAUUGCAAUCCCACUGACGCCGCUGCUGGCGGCUGCCAUCUCCACCCCCGUUGCCCGCUCGACAGCGACCUCCAUGCGAGGGACGGCGGAGUCCUAGAUACAGCGUGGCCGACCCCCACUGGCGGCUGGCGCCACCUCCUCCCGUCCUGACGACAUUGGUGAGCCGCCGCAACCCUAGUGGGGUUAAAAUUGCAGCUUUGCUUCCCCGCGACAUUGGCCACCGUAGAUUCUUUUCCUUUUUGUUUAUAUUCAUGCGAUUCAUCGAGGGAUUGAUAAAUGAUGGCACAUGGUUGCUUCCCCGCGAUGUCGUGCGGCAGUGAAUGGAGAAGUAAGCUUCAAACAGAAUGCUGUCCGUUCCUAUCCUCCUUUCUCUCAUCAUCAUCUUCGUAUUGGUUAGCUUUGCUUCCACUCGUGCAACUCCUUUUUGCACAAAUUGCUAGUUCUUUAACAUAGCAGCGUGUGCAUAUAUAUAGAGAAUGUCCCUUCGCGUUUUUGAGCUGUGAAUCACUCACUGAGAAUAAUGGGAGUGCAGAGACAGAUAGCCCGUGCUGCUUCUUUGCUUCAUGCACUGGCUGUAGUGUGUGCCCUGUGCUGGGCAUUGUCUGCUCGGUUUGUGCAGGGCCAGAGCCAAACUGGGCAGCUGACAGUGGAUGCCUCGCUGCAGAAUGCUAGGAAGAUCCCUGAUAAGAUGUUCGGUAUCUUUUUUGAGGAGAUCAACCAUGCUGGAGCUGGUGGGUUGUGGGCAGAGCUUGUAAGCAACAGAGGAUUCGAGGCUGGUGGCCCUAAUACACCUUCCAAUAUCGAUCCAUGGUUGAUCAUUGGGGAUGAAUCAAGUAUCAUUGUUGGAACUGAUCGAACUUCAUGUUUUGCGCAUAAUCCAAUUGCACUUCGGAUGGAGGUUCUUUGUGAUUCUAAAAGAACCAAUGCCUGCCCAUCCGGAGGUGUUGGGGUCUACAAUCCUGGUUACUGGGGAAUGAACAUUGAAAAAGGGAAGGUUUAUAAGGUGAGCAUGCAUAUUAGGUCAUCAGAUGCGGUGUCCUUGACCGUCUCAUUGACAAGUUCUGAUGGUCGACAAAAACUCGCUGCUCAUACCAUCACAGGUAGCAAGAAAUCCUUUGCAAAAUGGACAAAGAUAGAAUUCAGUUUGAAGUCCAGGCAAAAUAAUACCAACUCCAGGCUUCAAUUUACAACCAGCAAGAGCGGGGUGAUUUGGCUUGAUCAAGUGUCAGUCAUGCCAUUGGACACUUACAUGGGGCAUGGUUUUCGGAAAGAUCUUUCUUUGAUGUUGGCCAAUCUCAAGCCUCAGUUUCUCAAAUUUCCAGGUGGUAACUAUGCCAUGGGAAAUCACCUACGGAAUGCAUUUCGGUGGAGCGAAACUGUGGGACCAUGGGAGGAAAGACCUGGUCACUUCAAUGAUGCCUGGGGAUACUGGACUGAUGAUGGACUUGGAUUUUUUGAAUUCCUUCAGUUGGCUGAAGACCUCGGUGCUUCACCAGUUUGGGUGGUAAAUGAUGGAGCAAGCCUUAAUGAAGAAGUUUCUACUGCAACAAUAGCAUCAUUGGUUAAGGAUGUUGUUGAUGGCAUCGAGUUUGCCAGGGGAGGACCCAAAACACCUUGGGGUUCAGUUCGUGCAGCAAUGGGACAUCCAGAACCUUUUAAGCUUGAUUAUGUUUCAAUAGGAAAUCAAGAAUGCUGGAUGCUCUACUACAGAGGAAAUUACCAAAAGUUUUAUUCUGCAAUUAAAGCUGCAUACCCUGAGGUCAACAUUAUAUCAAGUUGUGAUAGAUCGACUAUUUCUCCAUCCAACCCUGCUGAUCUGUAUGAUGUUCGUGUCUACACCUCUUCGAGUAAUAUGUUUUCCAGAACUAGUAUGUUUGACAACACACCACGUAGUGCGCCCAAGGCAAUUGUUAGUGAGUAUGCUGUGACUGGGAAUGAUGCUGGCAAAGGAACACUGGUAGCAGCACUAGCAGAGGCUGCAUUUCUCAUUGGAUUGGAAAGGAACAGUGAUGUGGUCGAGAUGGCGAGCUGUGCACCCCUUUUUGUAAAUGACAAUGAUCGCAGGUGGAGCCCAGACGCCAUCGUCUUCAACUCGUGGCAGCACUAUGGAUGCCCAAACUAUUGGAUGCUACACUUCUUCAAGGAUUCGAGUGGCGCUGCCCUUCACCCUACCACCAUUCAGAUCUCCGACUACGAUCAACUGGUUGCGUCUGCCAUCACUUUGCAGAAUGCUACAGACAGAAGCCCUUACCUAAGAAUAAAGGUAAUCGCCAUCGUCCAAUUUCCAUGUUUCAACAAUCAGAAAAGUAGCAAAUAUGAAAUAAAGGAAAAACAAGAAUGGGCAAGGACGUUGGCAAUCGAAAUUUUGUUGCAGGUGGUAAAUUUCGGGAACAGAGCUGUGGAUCUCAACAUCUCUGUGGUGGGGCUGGCAAACGGAAUCAAGAUGUCUGGAUCGAAACAGACAGUUCUAACAUCCAGCAAUCCACUUGACGAGAACUCCUUCGAGCAGCCAGAGAAGGUGGCGCCGGUGUCGAGCCCGUUGGCAAACGCGAAGCCGCAGAUGGGCUUGUCCCUGAGGCCGUACUCCCUCACCUCGUUUGACCUGCUGCUGGAGGCGAGCAAGCAUGCCAGCAUCUGAAGAAGCAGCUGCGGUGACCAACCCAACGACGAGGAAAGACUGUACUGCAUUGCCAGAGUAUCAGUAGCUGUUGGAUACGUACGCACCGGUGGUUGUAAUUAAACAUGUGCUCUGCGUAAGGCUGAUGUUUAAGAUGCUAGCGAUUCCAUGCUAACUAUCAAUUCAUGUAAUAGAAAAGGAUCUUAUUGUCAAGGAGAACAAGCUCCGUUGUAGUCUAGCUGGUUAGGAUACUCGGCUCUCACCCGAGAGACCCGGGUUCGAGUCCCGGCAACGGAAAGAAUGUCCCUUUUUUUUCUUCCUCA